AUGCGUUGGCUACAACUUGUUGACAGUCGAUUAAUAAAUAAAGCUAUUGUGAGUGCUGAUCGAACUUUUCAUACCUACUAUAGCCAAUGUUUGAUGCAAGAAUAUUGCUGUGGUGGAACCAGCUGCUGCUUCGCCUUCUAUAAAGUCUGGUAUUUCUGGGCUUCCAUUGGUUUCCUCAUACUCGCCUUUGCUGCUAUGAUUACUUGGUUGAGAUAUCGCCGUAUGCAGUUGGAACGAACACAUUACAUCAUUCUCCAAGGAGAAGCUGCACCCGGUGUCAUCGAAAAGUUAGGGCUUUCGUCCAACUCCAACACUCAAUUUUGCCCACCACCAUACAAAUCUUAAGCAAAAUACUGCAUUUUUAUACGCCAUAGAUUACAAUAUCACUUGAUGAUGGACGACGUAAAUGCGUGUAUUACCGUAUAGAAUAGCAAUUAUCUAUGUUAACUUCAUUAAUCUCAGGCUAGUUAACCAUCGAAAACUUAGAAAUUCGUAUCUUGAUGUAUCGUCCAAUGUAGGAUAUAGCGAUGCUUUUGCAAUAUUUUGGUUGCACCAGCUACACAUCUCGAUCUGUACAUGUCCUUUAGUGGUAUCGACCUUCAACUAAAGUAUGCAUUGAGCAUAAAUUGUAGGCUAUUAUCUCAGCGAAAAGUACCACUAGUAGACUGGAUUUUUAUUUUCUCUGAAUAGCUAUUGGUUUAGUAAUUCUAAACAAAUGACUAUUAUUCAUGGGAUUCUCUAUGAGUAAUAAAU